AUGGACGAAGACCUAACGACAACCCUCACCCUGGUCGGGCUCUUCGGCGGCCUCUCCAUCCUGCUCAUGGCCUUGCGCCUGUUCAUGCGCAAGUACCGCAACCAGGACUUCAUCCUGAGCGACUACCUGACCAUGCUCUGCAUUGUCUUCAUCCUCGCCCGGUCCGCCCUGACCACCGUCGUCCUGCUCUGGGGGAACAACAACAUGGCCCGGCCCGCAUUGGAUCUCUCAGAGCUAGAGAUCUACCGCCGCACGGUGGGGAGCCAGAUGACGCUUGCCAAUCGCGCGAUAUACAAUACUUACCUGUGGAUCCAGAAAGGCGUCGUCCUGCUGCUCUGCGGCCGCGUGCUCACCGGCCUCCCAGAGCCCGAGAUGAUCGUCAAGAUCUACUGGUUCGUGCUCUUGGGCAGUCUUGUUGCGGUCCAGGGAACGACCUUUGGCGAGUGUCGCCCUGCCCGGCUGUACUGGCAGGUUGUUCCUGAUCCAGGAGACUGCGUCAAGGCAAACACACAACUCGUCACCCUCGUCGCCUUGAACAUCACCACGGACGCAAUGCUGAUCCUCCUCCCCAUGCCCUGGCUCCUCCGCGUGCGGAAAUCAUGGUGGAAACGCCUCCAAUACAUCUCCCUCUUCUCCAUCGGCCUCCUCCUAAUCGCCAUCGCCAUCGUGCGCCUCCCCUACUACGCCUCCAGCACGGCCCAAGUGAACCGCAACACCUGGGGCUCCGUCGAGGAGUUCUUCGCCGCGUUCGUCGCGAAUGUCCCGACACUCUUCACGCUGCGCAAGGACCCGAAUAAGGAGAGGGAGGCAGAGGCAGCAAGGGAAGCAGCAUCUACCUCUUCGGCUCGUGUUAAGCCCCGGUUCACGCCGAAUCAGUUCCAUGAUACGGAUUUGUUUGAGACGAAUGUGCAGCUGGGGACUGUUACUGUUGUUGAGGGGGAGGGGGAUGUGGGGGUUGGAAGGGGGAGGGGGAGGUCGAGAGGAAACUCUGGUUUAAAGGGUCAUGCCAGUGAAGAGAAUCUUAUUCCAGAUGGGAAAUUUUAUAGUGGUGGUGGUGGUGAUCGAGGCCGAUGA